UUUCACGCACUCCCUUUCUUAAUUUUGUUGCAGGAUGCGGUAGCUGCGUAGGAACCUUCUUGGUGUGUUUGUUAUCCCUGAAGGUGCGCAGGAACCUUCAGGGAUGUUGGUGGGAGUGGGACCCAUACUGCACGUGCAAUCCGACAAGCCAUGCGUUCUCUGCUAUAAACACCGGGGCCGAGUCUCAAAUGUGAACAACUACUCCUCAGCAAACAAUAAAGUCCUCUUCACUGAUCGCAACACCAACAACAAAAUGGCGGAGGAGGCAGCCAUCGUUGCCGCCAAUCUUCGCUCUGACUUUCUUCAGCUCCUUCGCACCCGCCGUCCUCCUCAAGUUCAACUCUGUGUGGUACCUGGAAAACCUGUGACUGAUCCAUUAUAUCAGGAAAGUCCAAAGCCAACAUUCAGUGAGGUAAUGGCAUCUUGCCCUAAGGAAGAUAUACCCAAUUUGAAGGAACUUCUUCAGGAGGAAAAUUUCUACCUGACUACGGAGGAAGGAGAGCAGGGGCGGUUGCCUGUCUUGGUAUUGAGCAUGAAAGAAAGUGAUAAGAAGAAGAGACCAGCUGUUGUCUUCCUGCAUAGUACAAACAAAUGCAAAGAGUGGUUACGGCCAUUGCUUGAGGCUUAUGCUUCAAGGGAUUACAUAGCUGUAGCAAUUGAUUCUCGAUAUCAUGGAGAACGUGCCACCAGUAUGACAACAUAUCGAGAUGCCCUUAUAUCGUCAUGGAAGAAAGGUGAUACAAUGCCUUUUAUAUUUGAUACGGUCUGGGACUUGAUAAAACUGGCAGAUUAUCUGACAGAGAGGGAAGAUAUUGACUCGUCAAGGAUUGGAAUUACUGGUGAAUCACUUGGAGGUAUGCAUGCAUGGUUUGCUGCAUUCGCUGAUACUCGCUAUGCAGUGGUUGUUCCUAUAAUCGGAGUUCAGGGAUUUCAGUGGGCUAUUGAGCAUGACAGGUGGCAGCCAAGAGUUGACAGUAUCAAGGCUGUGUUUGAAGAAGCACGUGCUGAUUUAGGCAAGAAUGAAAUUGAUAAAGAAGUGGUUCAGAAGGUCUGGGACAGAAUUGCUCCAGGUUUGGCAUCUCAGUUCGAUUCACCAUACACAGUACCAGUCAUUGCACCGUGCCCCUUGCUGAUUUUAAAUGGAGCGGAAGAUCCUCGUUGUCCCAUUGCUGGCCUGGAUAUUCCGAAAUCAAGAGCCCAUAAAGCUUAUGAGAAUGCUGGUUGUCCACUUAAUUUCAAGGUACGAUGAUAUCCUCACUGCCUCCCUCAUUUUUUCAGGAAAACAAAGCAUGUUUCCUUUCUUCACCAUCAGCUAAUUUUGAUUCCAAGGGUUCAAAGGGGGAAAACAAGGGGCGUGUUUGGUAGGAAGGAAAAUAUUGUCCUCGAAAAUAUUUUCUUGAAAAAUAAGUGGCUUUCUUACUUAUUUUCU